AUGGUCCUUGAUGAUAUCCCUGUUAAAGAUCCGCCAUAUUUUCAUGACACAGCGGAGUACGAUCCCUAUGGCUACGAUCCUUAUGUCAACGAUGAUCAUGUUGCUAAUGCAGCAGAUCUUGGUGGACCAGAUAUUAGGGCAGAUUUGCUAACACAGAGGGUCUUCACCGAUUUGGUCAAGAAAAGGGGUUUGGAUUCCAAGUUCAAGAUUGACUCAGCCGGAACCAUUAAUUAUCACGAGGGUAACCCAGCAGACCCAAGAAUGAGGGCAUCCUCAAAAAGUCGUGGGAUUGUGAUAACUUCAUUGUCAAGGCCAAUCCGCUCCUUCGAUUUUGUAGACUUUGAUUUGAGUCUCGCCAUGGAUAACCAGAAUAGAGAUGAUAUUAUUGAAGCUUUUAAUAGGUGGAAAUUUAGAGACACUUUGCCUGAGGAUGAUCAUAAGAAGAAUUAUGGUGCAUUCUUGGAGAAAGACGGAGCAGGGUUUAGAGGGCAAGUUAAACUUACUGGAUUUUAAAGUGGAUUUCGUAUUGUUUAACAUGGUUCUAGGUUGGGCUUAAGGGAGAAUUCUUGAAGAUAUAUGCUGCAGAAGAAAAUGAAAAGGCAGGGUGGACUGAUUUAACUCCAGAUGCUGAUCCAUCGAUAUUAAGAGAGUCGCCAUCUAUUUCAGUUCGGGAGUCACAAGAUGAUUAUUAGUUUAUUUACAUUAAUUUACUAAGGAAUGAACUUUAUGAAGUUUUUUUAUUUUUUAUUUUGGUAGUUGUAACCUUAAAAUGAUAAUUUUAUGAUUUAUUUUAGUAUUGAACAUUAUAAAGAAUUUUAGCAUUAAACAUUUUAUUA